GUCACUGCCGGUUUGCGAUGGCGCAGCUCGGCCUGAUCCGCCUGAAGGCGCCGAACAAGGAGCCGCGGGAUCGCGAGCGGGAGCGGGAGCCCGGCCUCAGCCCCGACCCGAGUCCGGGCUCCGGCCCGCACCCUGCCGCCAAGCGCCGUAAAACUCACCACCACCGCCUUCUCCGUGGGCCCGCCACCUCGGCCCCCGCACUCCGUUACCCGGCCCCCGCUCCUGUCAGCGGCGGCCGAGCUGCCGCCGUGUACUCGGUGUGUCCGCCACCACCCCCGGGCCCCGUCCCUGCCCCGGGGCCCAACCCCUGCCCGCGGCCACCUUCCGCGCCCGCCGCUGGCGCCACCGCCCUCCCCAAGACCAAGAACCCCAAAGACAAGCACCUGCACCGAGACAAGGAGAAGAAGCAUCGGCCGCGGAAGGAGAACAGCGACGGCGGGCCUCCGCGCAAAGGUGGCUCUGAUGAAAAUGGGAAAAGUCGGAGACCAGAUGAAUACUUGGGCAAAAAGACAAAGAAAAAGAAGAAAAAGAAACAUAGAGAAGGUGAACGACCAAGACAGUUAAAAAUGUACAAUAAGGAGGUGCAGACGACUUGCGCAGGGCUCACGCGUGUUGACCUUGAUACCUUGGGGCAAGGUUCUUCUGAUGAGUCAAGUAUAAUCAACCAAGCUUCGAUUAAACAUGAGGAAGAGCUCAAAAGGUUGGACCUGAAAAUGAGCCAUUGUCCCAUACCCUCAUGUGCACAGUUGCCAUACUUAUCACACAGAGACUACUGUGUCCGGAAAGGAUUCUUGCGGACAGGUUCCUCUAAGUUUGCCCACUUAAUUCAUGUGGAACAUCAGCCAAAUGGUGGUGCACCAGUGCUCCAUGCCUACAUGGAUGAACUCUCUUUCUUGUCUCCUAUGGAGAUGGAGAGGUUUGCUGAAGAGUUUCUUGCAUUGACUUUCAGUGAAAAUGAGAAGAGCGCAGCGCACUACGUAAUGGCUAUCAUACAUGGAGCAGCAGCCUACCUGCCAGACUUUCUGGAUUAUUUUGCUUUCAACUUCCCCAACACUCCAGUAAAAAUGGAAAUACUUGGGAAGAAGGAUAUAGAAACUACAACCAUCUCAAAUUUUCGGUCUCAGGUUUCACGGACUUACUGUUGUGGCACAUACAGAGCGGGCCCAAUGAGACAGAUCAGCUUGGUGGGGGCAGUGGAUGAAGAGGUUGGAGAUUACUUCCCAGAGUUUCUUGAUAUGUUGGAGGAAUCUCCAUUUUUGAAAAUGACUCUGCCAUGGGGGACACUGUCCAACCUUCAGCUGCACUGCCGGUCACAGAGUGACGAUGGCCCCAUAAUGUGGGUGAGACCCGGCGAGCAGAUGAUUCCAACUGCUGAUAUGCCAAAGUCACCCUUCAAGAGACGACGAUCAAUGAACGAAAUCAAGAAUCUCCAGUAUCUACCUCGGGCCAGUGAACCUCGCGAAAUCCUCUUUGAAGACAGGACGCGAGCCCAUGCAGAUCAUGUGGGGCAAGGCUUUGAUUGGAAGAGCACGGCAGCUGUAGGUGUGCUGAAGGCAGUCCAGUAUGGAGAGUGGAGUGACCAGAUUCGGAUAACCAAAGACGUGGUAUGUUUUCAUGCAGAGGACUUCACAGAUGUUGUACAACGAUUACAGCUGGAUCUGCAUGAGCCACCUGUAUCACAGUGCGUGCAAUGGGUGGAUGAAGCAAAACUCAACCAAUUACGGAGAGAGGGUAUCCGGUACUCCAGAAUUCAGCUCUCGGACAACGACGUAUACUUUAUUCCUCGAAAUGUCAUACACCAGUUCAAAACGGUAUCUGCUGUUUGUAGCUUAGCAUGGCACAUACGUCUGAAGACAUACCACCAGGAGGAGACAGAAACAGAACCAAACACGGACUCUGACAUGGCCACUAAAGAAAUUAAGACAGAAACUGAUGCGAGCUGUUCAGAUGAUAUGGCAGUUGAGCCUGAAGUCCAGGCCAAGUUGCCUGUAAUACAGGAAGAUCACAGUUAUCACCCCCAAGAUCAGCAAAGUUUUCCACAAUAACGUGUGUAUAUACUCGACUUUUUAAAUAAAUAUUUUUUCUUUCUUUUUAAACAGGGAUGUGAAGUUUUAGUUUUAUAAGUUGGCUGGGAUUCAAAUUUUAGUGAAGAAAUCGUGCCGUUCUUAAAGUGUGUUCCUUGAAUUGCGGUGACGUUAAAAUGCACUCAGCGAGUGAACGCCAGCCCUGUUUACACAGAUGUUCAGACCACUCAUGGCUAGGAUUUUGGCCCCUUUGAUUCUGGUUAACGUCCCAAAAAGGUAAUGGCCUUGUUGAACCUGCACUUCAUUUCAGAGUGCAUAAUGUAGCAGGAGUGCAACCAGCACUAUAAACCAAACCUAAUUAAAGUAUUCUAAUCUUUAUCUUCACAAUAGACUGUGUUUUUAAUGAAGACUUGCUACUCUGUUGCUGUUUUGCAUCUUACGUACAUGAUUGUAACCAGAGAAUUUGCCUAUGGAUGAAACACAAUGUAAGGAUGUGCAGGAACAUAGUAGAUCUUUGGAAUAUCUGAACAAUGCUCACUUAAGGUCCAGUUCCUUCAGUGUUCACUAAUUUCCUUGAGGCAAGGAAAGCAGUAUCUUCGCCCAGUCUGGGUCUCUCCGCGAUUUCAGUUUUGCACCAGUAUGGUUGACCCUUACCUGCUCCUUGAACUGACCUAGCUGGCCAGUGAGUUUAUACAAUUAGAAUUUGAUGUUUGGGUAGGGACAAUAAAUUCCAGGCUUGCCAGGACCUCCCACAUCCACAAAAUGAACAAAAUCCAUUCCCCGUUGGGUAGAAACAGUGCCACAAAAAUGGGCAGUCAUCUCAACUGGCCUAUUGUCAGUGUUUAAAUUCCAUGCAAGACUAAAUCAUCCUUAAUUACUCCUGGUUCUCCCUCCAAAUACCAGUCUCCUUAUGCACGUAUGCCUCAAGCAUGUCUACUCUCCACCUCAACCUUUCCAUUGAAAUUGAUGCCUGCAAGUCUGAAGGCAUCCCCAUGGUUUUAGCGUAUUUUCUGGAGGAUUUUUAAAUAACGUUUGAGGCCAGCAUGUGCAUGCUGAUAUUUUCUCCAGCAUUGAAUACCAAGGGAUUCUUUCAGAGUGAUGGUUCUGAAAGUCUUUACAAUUUAAACUUCUCCCAAAUUCCUGUUGGGAAUCGUUGCUGAUGUUGAUGAGUAGCUUGUUAUGAUUACUGAGAUGCUGAUAGCUUAAGUCUUAGUCAGUAAUGGCCUUGGGCUGUGAAGCCAGCUUUUCCUGAGUUUCAUAUUGUUAACCCACUAGUGUUGAGUUCCUUUCAUCUCUGGACUGUUGAGUUGAAGUAUACGAUGCAGCCUUUCACUGGACUCCAGCUAAAGACAUUCACCUCUGAAUUUCUUCUCUGUGAAAUAAACAUGGCAAAAUAUCAAUAAGAUUAUUUAAUAAGAUUGCUUGGUAAAAAAAGAAAGAUGGAUUUUUAUUGCCAGUUUCACUGAGCUGCUACUUGGCUGUCCUGGUUAGGAUUGCAGUAUAACUUUGGGUACUUUUUGAUUAGAUUUGUGCAAAUUUGCCUCUUCCCAAGUGUUCAGGAAUGUAUUCCAUUGAUUCACCUGGAAGGUUGUUUGUUGAAAGAUUAAAUGGAAAAAAAAUUAAAUCUGCGAUGAGGAGACCUUAAGUCUUUUGGGUUGGAUAACUCAGAUUGGGAUGGAGGUCCUUUCUCAUUUGUAACAGCUAUCAACCUGGACUUCAUGGGAACUUUUAAAAAUAUUAAUUGAGAUUUCUGACGCUGAAGGACUGAGACAUAAUGCUAACCCUAAUGUUAAUGCAACCCAUAUCCAUCCAAGUAUACAGCCAUAUUUUGUGGAGGGCUCACUUUGUCAUUCCUGGACAAGAGAGUUGCAAAGCAAUCAUACAUUAGACGAUCUCGAUUAAUUUUGUCUCUUUUAUAAUUUAGCUUUUAUCAAUGCUAUGAUCAGAACUUGCUUAAACUUCCAUCCUUUGCUUGUUUUCACAUUCCUGUUUCCCGUUGUUGCAGAACUGAUAAACUUUGGACGCAAGGCCAUUCAGGGGUAGUAGCAGAGUGUGUUUCAAAGAGUAAAGCAAAUCCAAAGCCAUGAGAAAGCUAUAGAGUCUUGGAGAUGGUUUUUGAACAUUUUUAGUUGGUAGAUUUCCAUGUUUAGCAAAGGUUUAUGGAACCAAGGCAGAUAAACAAAGAUCUAAAUCACUUGUAAUCAGAUUGAACAGCAGAAAGGCUCCAAGGAUUGAAUGCUUAUCUUAUUUCCUUCUCUAACUUGCUCUUUCCCAGGCCUCCGAACGCAGGAAUUGCGAGAUCAUUAUCAGUUCACCUUUUCCUGUGUUGCUAGUUGCAUGAUGCAAUGAUGAAGAAGUUGCUGGCUAAUUACAGCAAUAAGUCUUUAUUAAUCUGCAACAGACUAAAAUAAGAUGCAAGGAUAAAUCCUCAUUGGUGGAAAGCUUAGGGAACCAUAUCCCACCACCUACAAAGAUAUUUAGUGUUGAAAUUUUAAUAUUUGCUAAAUGUUGCUUAUUCAAUCUCAACCCAGUCCUGUUUUAAAUUGCCAGUCUGAUAGCUGUUUUUACAUCACAAUUAGCCUACCUCUAAUUCAAUCCCCGUAAAGUGUAAGAUAUUGGGAAUGAUAGCUUCCUUAAAAUCAAAAACAAACAUUCUUGUUCUGUCUAGUUUCAUUUUGUUUUGCAGUAAUUUGAUAGCUAAAUUGACUUAGCUAUUGAGCUGUGUUGAAACUGUCCUCAGAAGCAAUGUACAUUUUGACCUAGAGGUCAACAGAGUGAUGUUAGGCACAUCAACACAUAUCCUGAAUGUGUAAGGAAGAAGCUCCUUAUGUUAAUUGCAGCAUUUCAUUUUCUGGACUGUUUGCCUCUAAGUGCAAGUCAUAUACUGCAGUCUCUGCCCUGCAGCAAUGUCUCAUUUUGGGCAAUCAAUAGAUUUUUUUUUAAAGGAUCAGGUUUAGUAUCCACUCAGAAUUGGUAGAAAAUCUGUGGGAAAAGUUGUUGAUGGAAGGAGCCGACAACAGGGAGUUGCAUAAAGUUAAUCUUUUAGUACAAUGCAGUGUGACCUGGAAUGCACUUGCCAGAUGGUGAUCCAGUUCAACCAUUCAAACCAAUCUGCCCAGACUUGCAUUCAAAAGUAAAUUGGAGGAUUUGAAGGGGAAAAAAAUUCCCAGACUUGCUCUUCCUAUAAGCCAGGAAAGGCACGGGUGGGAAAAUGGUGGCCACCUAUGCUAUUUAAAUUCUAAUACAAGGUUGUCUUAGAUUUUUCUGUUGAUCCACGUGCUGUUGUGUACAUUCUAGGCCCCAGGAGUAAUUAGACUGGGAUCAGGAAGCCAAUCUGAUGCAGAACAGAUUACAGGUACAAUGGGCUCAGAAGGUGCUUUGAUUUCAGAAAGGUAUUGCCUGAUUUGAGUUUAGUUGAAUCCCAACUAUAGUCUCAGUAUGAUUGACAAGUUUGGAGUAGUGCUGUAUUUUAAAAUGACAUGCGUGCCACUAAGUUAGGCAUUGUCUGUGGACGGUUUAUGUAACAUUUGGUCUAAAUUGAUGACAGACUUGCAUAUAACAAGUUGAAAUGAUUGAGGAAUGAUCUAAUCAAGCUGUUUAAAAUGAUGAAUAGAUUCAAUAUGUCAGAGAAACUUUAGACAAAUCAACAGAGAACAUUGACAAUUCUUUUCCCCCACUGCUGCUCGACCUACUGAGUUCCUCCAGCAGAUUGUUUUUUGUUGCAAAGAAGCUUUCAUCUGGUUUGUGAAUUCAAAGCAAAGGGAUGUGAUCUUAGACGUUUCUUCUCACAGAGGGUAAUGAGAGUCUGCAAUUCUCUUUGCAAACCCAAAACCCUCACCCAGAACACAACAUAGCUCUGGAUGCUGAGGGUCAAGUUAAAUUCUUGGACUGAGAUGGAUAAAAUUUUAAGUAAGGGUUAUAGAUUAAUGAGAAUAGGAGUUGAGCUGGUGAUCAGCCUUGAUAUAACGGAUAUGAGGGAUUGGGUGACCUCAGUUUGCCCCUCUGUUCCCCUGACUCUGGUAUGAAAAUAUUUUAACAUUGACAAGAGUUGCAUUGUUUUGGGGGUAUGUAAGAAAAUCACUGCAACCUUUGAGAGAAAUGAGAAAGAUUAGGCAUGACCAUCUUAACACUCCUGAUGUGUCGUUCUUUCAACCAAUUCAAACCAAUCUGCCCAGGCUUUAGAAAAUGCCAGUUUUUAAUGGGCCAGGUUUUGCGCAUGGCUUGAAACUGGCUACUUGUCCUCUGCACUUUGGAAACUCAGUGGCACCACUGUGAUAUAUACGCACUUUCAUAUAACUCCACAUGGUUUGCCUCAGCUUGCCCUCCCUGACAAUCCAUUGCACAAUUUCCCCUCUGAGAUCAUAAUUACAAAAUUAGGACAUUCAGACCCUUGUAUGUUUUCCAGCCUGCAUGGCUAGGGAUUACCCAACUGUGGUACCUUGCACUUUUUGACCCAUCUCUACAUGAUGGACAUGUAGAAAGCCAAUGCUGCCCCUCUGCCUAUGUGAUUAUGUUUCACCUACACAUUUGUCCAGUUCCUGAAUUCCAAGUUGUCAAUUUAAGUUGGAAGCAUGCAUAGCUAUCUCUCCAGGAUCCUUCAUUUCAUUUCCAUGCCAACAUCGAUUUCCUAAUGAGCAAACACCGAGCUUUCUUCAGCCAAUUCUACAUCUAUUCCUGUUCCAGUAAUAUGACAAUAAUGAUUAAUAUUGAGAUACUAACAGAAUCUGAAUAGAUGAUAAAAUAUGAUUUUUUUAAAACCUGUAUAAUGUAAUGUGCAAUCAAAUUAUGUAAUCUGUGUAAACAGGGUUUUUGAGCAACAAGCACUUGCUAACACGAUGGACAACCUUCAUACUGAAAAAUAAUUUUAU